AUGUCAGUGCAACCUGUCAACCCGAAGCCCUUCCUCAAUGGAUUGAUCGGGAAACCGGUGGUCUGCAAGCUAAAAUGGGGAAUGGAAUAUCGAGGCACGCUGCUCUCGGUUGACGGAUAUAUGAACGCCCAGCUCGGCAACGCGGAAGAAUACAUUGACGGCACCAACACGGGACAACUUGGAGAGAUCAUGAUCAGGUACUACCUUGUGACGAUGCCUUCGUCCCGCGAACCAAGUGCUGAACCCAGUGAACCAAAAACCCCGGAAGGUUCUCCAGAGAGGGAACGAUCGUCAAAGUCACCCCCAGCAAAGACGCCGGAAGCGGAUUCGGGCAGUGAGGAUGGCUCGUCGACCAAUUCUUCACCAGAGGAUCGGGGUCGUAUAAGGAGCACUGUGCAGAUUGUCAAGCCAAGGGAAAAGGACAGCGAGCAAUACCAGCGUAUGAAUUGGGAGCGUCUGAAAAAGAAGAUUCACGGUCUUGUCAACAAGGUCAAUGCCGGCAACCUCGUCCAGAUUGUCAGGGAACUGCUGCAAGAGAACGUGAUCCGCGGAAAGGGAGUAUUGACUCGCUCCAUCAUCCAAGCUCAAGCUUUCUCCCCUACAUUCUCUCACGUAUACGCCGGCCUGGUUGCUGUCAUCAACUCGAAAUUCCCGUCCGUCGGAGAAUUGACACUAAAGCGUCUAGUCGUGCAAUUCAAGCGCUCUUUCCGACGUAACGACAAGGCCACGACGGUCACUGUAUCAAAAUUCAUUGCUCAUUUGAUCAACCAGCAAGUGGCUCACGAGCUGCUGUCGAUGGAGAUUAUGCUACUCAUGCUGCAGAAGCCCACCGAAGAUUCUGUGGAGGUCUGCAUCGCUUUCCUGAAGGAAUGCGGUGCGAAGCUGGCAGAUAUCGCUCCGCGCGCUCUCGAUUCCGUGUUUGCCCGUUUGCGUAACAUCCUUGCUGAGGCCCAGCUGGACUCCCGCAUUCGCUACAUGAUUGAGACGGCGAUGGCCGUGCGAAGGGACAAAUUUGCGGAUUACCCAGCAUUGGUCGACGAACUCGACUUGAUCUCUGAAGAGGAUCAAAUCACUCACACGCUCUCGUUGGAAGAUGCUACGGAUCCUGAGAAUAUGCUUAAUAUCUUCAAAAUGGACCCUGAAUUCGAAAAGAACGAAGCUGCCUAUGAAGAAAUCCGCGAACAGAUCAUUGGUGAUGCUGGAGAAAGCAGCGAAGAAGAAUCAGACGAUGAAGAUGAAGAUGAGGAGAACAAGGAGCAAGGGGGAGCCGGAAAAGCCGAGCCUAUGGAGAUUAUCGACAACACUGAGCAGAAUAUGGUCGCCUUCCGUCGUGAAGUCUACCUGACCAUCCAAUCGUCGCUAGAUUACCAAGAAGCUGCCCACAAGCUGCUGAAGAUGGGUGUCAAGCCGGAAAUGGAGCCCGAGCUCAUUCACAUGCUGGUCGAUUGCUGCGCUCAACAACGCACCGAAAUGAAGCUCAACGAAAAUGAUACAACAUCUUCCGGCCGUAUCUACAUCAAGACCAUCUUCCUGGAACUCGCGCAGAUGAUGGGGCUUGUGAAACUUUACGAGCGCAUUCGUGACACGACCCUGCAAGCGGCCUUUGAAGGUCUCUUCCCGCGUGACAAUCCAGCCAACACUCGCUUCUCCAUCAACUUUUUCACAUUGAUUGGGCUCGGCGGAUUAACAAGGCACGAGCGCCGGGAUCGGGAAAAGGACCGCGACGACGAUCGUGACAGGAGAAGAAAGCGCAGCGAGUCGCCACGUCGUGAGCGACGCGAUCGAGACCGUGAGCGCGGAGACGGGGAUCGUGUCCGCGAGAAGCCCCGUGAUCGUGAACGUCCACGUGAUGAUGGUCAUCGUCGCCGAUCAGUCUCGGCGUCACCGCCGCCCCGACGGAAUCGAGAGCGUUCC